AGCUCGAGCCCAGCAAGGUGCUCCACCUUUGUCUCGCCGCUGGGGGGUAUCAGACCUCCUGACCAGGCACUGUCAACCACGGUCUAGACUCCGGUUGAACAGGUCCCCAUGCUGAUGCAUACCCGAUUUGCAUUUUAAGUGUUUGAAUACCCAUCUCUGGAACGUGCGACAUCAGACAAAUCUCAGUUUUUGCAUUCCCCGCGCACGGCACCAAAGGCGGUUUUGCCCUCUUCGUUGUGGUCAAACCCCCUCUUUGGCGGACUUGCUGGUUCAACAUUCAGUGGUCUCUUUGGCCGAUACAGCGGUGCUCAUUGACAAAUCGCAAUGUCUUCACGUCGCAGCAACAGUCUCUCGCCUCCGGAGCGUCGGGACACAGUCGACCCAGGGGCUCAUGAACUAGCAGAGGCAUCCGACUCCGAGGAGCACUACUCGGACGCCCAGUCUGGGCCCAUGUCCCCCUCCCGAGCCUCGCCCAUCCCGAAGACUAGAGUCGAAAAGAUCGACGACAAGCCGGCGUACGGGGAAGUCCCAGGUACGCAGGCCUAUCGCUUGAGGGAGGGUGAUGCCGAGCCGGAUGAGAUAGCCAUCAUUCCCGACCCCAAGAACCCCCCCGAGCCCGAGCCCGAGCAAACAUCGCCGUCACCUACACCUGGUGGGCGCCCCAUCCCAAAAACAGUGGUAGAGGAGACGCCGGAUGUUGAGGGCUCGGUGACACAUUCGGAGAACAGGCAGAGGCGCAAGUCGGACGCACACCCAGACCUGGUGGUCAAGGCCGACGGAAAGGUGGAAGAUGGUGGGGCAGCAAAUGAUACUCCAAUAGCAUCGUCUCUGAAUACCCCUACCACAUCGGAACGCAAGAGGAGGAAAUCCUCGCUUGCUCUGAAACGGUCCCCGUUAAGCCCCGGCCUGCCAGGCGUUGAAAGCGCCGUAGACGGGGACGACUUCGGGGACGACGAAUUCGGGGAUGACUUUGACGAUUUCGAAGAGGGCGGCGAAGACGGCGACUUCGACGACGACUUCGACGACGGCUUCCAAACCCCCGCACAACAACCACCACCGCAGCCACCCCCAUCAGCCCCAUCCGCUCCAUCUCUCUCUUUUCCAAUCCCCACCUUCGAAGACCUCACCCCCACCGAGAUAACCACCCUCACCGAGCCCUACCUAACCGCGCUCUUCCCACCGCCACCCUCCCCACCAACCCCGCUCCCGACCCCCUCCGCCAAAGAGAACCCCAUCUUCCUCACGCCGCGCUCGGCCUCGCUCUGGUCGCAGCUCGUCGCCCCGCCCCCGCUCCAGCCGCCGGACUGGAUCCGCUCGCGCAUCCGGCGGCUGUUCCUCGUCUCGCUCGGCGUGCCCGUCGACCUCGACGAGAUCCUGCCGGCGUCGUCCAAGCAGAAGAAGCUGGUGCUGCCGUCGCUGCACCGCACCACCUCGUCCGGCUCGCUCAAGAGCCGCGCGUCGAGCGACUCGCGCGGGCGGGCGACGAUGGCUAAGGGGGCGGCGGCGGCGAGGGCGGCUGCGGGUGGUGGUGGUGGGAAUGGUGGGGGGGAUGGGAGGAAGGAUUCGGGGGUGUGUAUGCUGACGGAUGCGGCGCUGGGGGGGAUGACGGACGGGGAAUUACGGGGACAUGCCGGGCGGCUGGAGACGAUGCAGGGGACGGCGCAGGGUGUGUUGACAUACUGGCAGAAGAGGACGGAUGAGAAGAUUGGGGAUCGGGAGGCGUUUGAGGGGGUCAUUGAGAAUCUGGUUAAGCAUGCGAAGAAGAUGAGGAAGUAG